AUGAACACGGAUCAGCCGGCUGUCCAGUCCCAGGCUCCAGCCAGCAAGAGAACGAAGCGGAAAAAGGUGCUGGCAACCCGAAAAGACCGCGAAGGUUUCGCCCACUACAUUCUCCAGACCGUGGAUUUCUCCAAGCAGUCCGGGGAGGUUUCCCUGGGCGUCAUCAGGAAAGAGCUGGCGGCAGCGGGGGUCAAUGUCAAGAAGAACAAAGCCCGCAUCAAAGCGGGGCUCCGGAAGCUGGUGGCCAUGAAUAUCUUGCUCAAGGUCCCGGGCUCCUACCGACUCAUCGGAGAAACGACGUUGCCGCCUCAGCUGGUGAACCAAGCCAAGUCGCCGAAGAAGCGGGAGGCUGAGAACAUCAAGAAGGGGAAAAAAGUGAAGAAAAAAGGCAAGAAACCAGAAGAGCCUGGGGAACAGAUAGAGGAAUCUGGAGACACUGCCACUUCGUCUGUAUGCUUUAUGCAGUGGGAAACGUCUCCCGAGGGCAAGUCCUAA